AUGGCCUCCCGACUCUUCCGACCUACCGCCUCCAUCGGCCGUUCAGCCGUGGCCUCGCGUGUGGCUGCCGCCAGACAGUUCCAUGCGACUCGUCCGGCCUUUGUCCACGUUGGUCAGAAGGUUCCCAGCAUUGAGGUCUUGGUCGAAAACAGCCCCGGAAACAAGGUCAACCUGGCCGAGGAGUUCCAGAAAGGUGACGGCCUCAUCAUUGGUGUACCGGGCGCUUUUUCGGGUGCUUGCUCGGAGAAGCACGUUCCCUCGUACAUCCUGCACCCCAAGCUCAAGGAGGCUGGCCAGGUUUUUGUCGUCUCCGUUAACGAUGCCUUUGUCAUGAAGGCAUGGGGCGCCUCGCUUGACCCAACCGAGCAAACCGGGAUCCGGUUCCUCGGCGACCCGGCCGGGGAGUUUACCAAAGCGCUGGAUCUCGAUUUUGACGCCACGCCGAUUUUUGGAAAUCCGCGGUCGAAGCGCUAUGCUCUCGUCAUCCGUGACGGCAAGGUCGAGAGUGCCCACGUCGAACCAGACAACACCGGAACAAACGUGUCGCUGGCGGACAACGUCCUCGGGGCCAAGCCAUAUUUGAAGGAUUGGUGA